GUGAACUUGAACUUUGGCUGCGACUUUCUCUACCACUGUACCGGCGAUAGCUUCAACCCAGACAACUUCAACAUCGGAUCGUUCCCGCAAACCGCACGUUCCAUAUCUCAACAUGGCUUUCGCUUGGAAGGCCGCCGGCUUGACCUACAACCGAUAUCUGGCGAUUGCCGCCCGAGUCGUCCGACGGUCACUCAAAGAAGGACCCAGACUCCAAGCCGAGAGGAGAGGAGAGAUGGACCUCAGAUUUGCAAAGUGGCAGAACGGAAAACAGGGCGAUGUCAAGAGCUUGGGUGAAGCGAAUGCAGAUGCGAUGGCGGAACAUGCGACCGCGGAAGCGAAAUAGAUCAACAAAUUACAUGGGCUUGAGAACGAAGCAGGAGAUGCGUUGAAGCUCGAAGAACUGUACGAUUGUGCAUAUCUACCAGAAAGUCCAAUGAUUAGUUCGUUGCGUGAGGCAGCGGCUUGGUAAACUUCAACUUGAGCUUCAUCAAUCCCACAACUUGAACUCUGACAGCUAUUACUGUCUUCCACAA